AGAUUUCUUGGCUCAUAUCAUGGAAGCUUUAAAGAGAACAUCGUCAGUGGCAGUCGUUGGGCCGCAGGCGAAAUCAAACCCAUGGAAUGCAGCUGUUUGUUUGAUUCGGCUUUUUUGGUGGGACAGUGAUUGGAGGUGCCGAGCAGAGGCAUUUGCUCGUAUAGCAGCUGUGAUCGGUGUCCAACUUUUCCGCGGGAAGUCGCGCAUCUGGCUUUCCCAAGUGAAGCGCAAGCAGCUUCAGCAUCUUCUCUCUGGGUCUCUAGAUCGGUGGGUGGUUGCGAAGACUGUGCUUCAGUACUUGGCCGCAAUACUGGUUCUGAGUCCUGUCAGCAGGCUCUACUACCGACUUUUCCGUGGUCUUCGCCUACAGUGGGAAGGUCACCUCACAAAGCAUUUUCUAGGCAAAUUUCUGGAGGCCCAGUGCUUCGGGCAUAGGGCCAGACGUGAGGAGGAGCACGACGAUCGGAAUCCGGAUCAACGAAUUGCGGCCGACGUUGGCAAAUUCACGUCCUUGGCGACCAUUUUGGCUUUGGAUGGUUUUCAGGCGCUGGUGGAUCUUUAUUUCUAUUCGCGCUUGCUGUGGACCCUGUCUCCCGUCCUGUCGCGCCUUGCCGUGUUUGCCGCCACCUUCGGCACGCUCCUAACCCAGUGGCUGGGUCGAGAGUUGCCCGCCUUGUACUCUGCGGAGCGCGCCGCUGAUGGCAUGUUCAUCUAUGUGCUCACGCGGAUGCGGGAAAAUGCGGAAUCCAUUCUUUUCUUCGGCGGCGAAGGGCGCGAGGUCCAGCGGGCCGAGGGAGCCUUGCAGGAGCGGCAGGCGAGCGAGUGGAAGCGCCUGGCUGCCAAGGAUGUGGUGCAGCUGGUCCAGGAUCAAUAUCGACAGGCUUUGAGCCUGAGCCCCUCCUUGGUCUUGGUACAGGUCGCCGGUGUGGCACAGGAUGCGGCUCUUCUGAACCAGGCGAACGAGGCCUUUGACGCGGUGGUCAGGGCCCUGCUGCUGGUGGCCGACAAUUGCUCGGACUUCUCGCGGCUCAGCGCGGUGGCGCUGGAGCUGCACAGCUAUCACCUGGAGCAGCUGGAAGAUCCGGCGGAGACGUCGAGGAUUCGUAUCCAGGCCGUGGGGAAGCAGGAGCCGUGGCUGGAAGUGAAAGGCCUGACGCUGUGCCUGGCGGAUCGCACCUUGGUGAAGGAUUUGUGCUUCGAAGCUCCGGCGAGCGGGGGCUUGCUCAUCUCCGGGCCCAGCGGAGCGGGGAAGACCACGCUCCUGCGCGCCCUCGCGGGCUUGUGGCACAAAGGCACGGGGGAGAUCAAGCGUGAAAUGCGAGAAGGCCACGUCCUCUUCUUGCCGCAGAGGCCGUAUAUGAGCUUGGGCACCCUACGAGAGCAACUGCUGUAUCCAAACCCAAAGGUGGCAGCUGAUGAUGCCUAUCUACACGAGGUGCUGCUGUCGGUGGGGCUGCAGGGCGUGCUGCAGCGCCUGGCCGGCGACUUGGACGCGGUGCGGCGCUGGGACGAGCAGCUCAGCGUGGGGGAGCAGCAGCGCCUCAGCGUGGCGCGGCUUUUGGUGCAGCGCCCCAGCUACGCCUUGGUGGACGAGGUGACAUCGGCCAACGACCCCCACCACGAAGCACCUAUGCCGCCAGAAUCGGACAUUUGGGCGGAUGAAGGUUAGCACGGCUCAACCAGAAAUCGGUGCGAUCCGCCCCUCAAGACAUCUCUACAUGCUUCUGAAUAAGGCCACUUCAGAGGGAAAAGGCAGGUUUUCAGUAGUCCUCUCAGUCGCUCUUCUUUGGCUCGAACUGACAGGAAGAGAUGAUCUACAAUUGCCUUGCGUCCACGUGCCGGGCAUUCGUAUCUGUCGGUCAUCGCCAGAGCUUGGAAGCCUUCCACGCUUGGAACUUGCGACUGGAGGGUGAUGGCAAAUGGACGCUGAAAAGAAUCGGCGAGAAAAGAUAGAA